AUAAUAAUAUAAAAAUUAAUUCUUAAUUCAAAGCGCUACAACAAGCAUAACAAGUGCUACAAUACAAUACAUUUUAACUUCGACCGACACUGCAGAAAUGAAUAUGCUGGUUUGGAGUUUAACGGGAUGCAGCCUUCCCUCGCAAUCCCAUAAUGCAUUUCACUUCCUAGAUACCAGUGACAACGCGCUGUAUCCAAGCAUGGCGCUGUUAUGUUGUCUUAUUAUUUUGACAUAUUUAAGAACCGCGCUUUGCAUUGAAGACACGAACACUACAGGAAACGUUAAUAUCACAUUCAGUGACACGAACGACACGUCCGCUGAUCGAGAAAAAUCGCUUGAUUUCAAGGAUCCGGGAGUCAGUGAAACUCCGGUUCAUCUGCCAGAUCCAACAGCCUGGACUCCCGAAUCCGUGACGGCGUUCCCCGAUCACAACGAGUCCCCGGAGAGCUCCAUCCCCGACACGAACCCCGAAUCCCCGCGAGCCGCCACAGCAGCACAGCCUCUGCCGCUGUCUGGUGUCCUUCCUUCCCCGGUUACCGAAGUCUCUCAGCUGUGUCCAUGCAACCUGCAGAACGGGCAGUGUGACAUAAACUGCUGCUGUGAUCCAGACUGCACUGAGGAACUGGCCCUGUUCACCGACUGCACAGUAGAAAGAGUCAGUAAUGACCCCAGACUGUGCAACCAGGAAUCAGCCGUCUAUUCCCUGAGCUCUACACAAGAAGGUUUUUCUAAUGUCCAGUCCACUGUCCAGCGAGACGUCAACCCGGAUGUCUUCUGUAUUCAGUCUGCUAACUAUGAAGAAGGAUUAUCAUUUGGUACACCAGCAGUUCCUACUGAGGAGAAUUUUGACUCCCUGUUUGGACGAUUUUUGGGAUUCUUCUUUGGCCGUUUGACUGCGACCAGUACACUUCAGAGCCCUGAUGUGGGAAAUUCAACAGGAUACCAGUAUGGAGACGUCAUUCAAACAGUGAAUGAGGCUGGAGAGCAGGAGUUCUUCACCUUUCCUGCCUCCGCGGGAACAGCUCACUGCUUAGACGCAAACCCUGCAGGUUUUCUAAAGGAGCAGACAAGCAGAUGUAUGAGGAGCUUUGAUUUGGCGGGUGAUUGUGAAACACUAGAAGCUCUGCGCUUGGAGACUUAUAUUAAUUUCAACAUUCGUUCUGGAAAAAAGCAAGAAGCUAAAGUCAUUGGUGUGGAGGUGGCAGCCAUUACUCUGCAGUCUUUAGAGGGCACACAGACGUCAGUGGACUCAGCUGACCUUGCGUCCUAUAUUCCUGUCCUUCUGGAGACUGGUGACGUCUGCAAUAAUGUUGUACAGCAGGUGAAAUACGCUUUCAGGUACAACGAAGUUGGGGAAAUCCUGAAUGUGAUGGCAUCAGUUUUGCUGGGCGCCAUUAAAAGCGUCACAGUGCCUAUUCAGCAAGAGUUUCAGAUUUCAUUCAUGCAGGACAUCUCUAACACACCAGUGUUGCAAUUUAGUGGCAAUCCUGGCUAUGUGGUGGGACGGCCCCUAGUGGCUGGGACAAGAACAGCAGAUGGGAUUGUACAGUCCGCUGACCCGAAAGGAUCACUCACUAUCCUCCAGAACUCAGGCGAAAUGCAGGAUUGCUUGUCUGGCUCAUCUCUGCGUUCCCCUGUCCUGUUUGGGAUUGACAUGGUAUCAGGCUGCACUCUGAAGCUGUCUGAUGGCGCUAAUUGUUCUCUGGUAUCUGAAGUCAUUUUGUGGGCACUAAAAGGCCAGAGCUUUCCAGACCACAUAGCCUCAUUUGGGAAUUCCUUGCCUCAGAAUCCCCUGGACUGGGUGCCAAUACAGAACCAAACCAUAGCAUCGGGAACACAGGCUUGCAGCAUACCACUGUCUUACCAUCUUGAAGUAAAAUGGACCAAGUACGGAGCCUUGGUGAACCCCCAGGCUCAGAUUGUGAGCGUUAUGGAAACAAUCAUUACUAACACCAGCAGUUUGGCCCUCCUCACCAGUGCUGAUGGUCUUCUGUCUGUCACCAGCUCAGUGAGUUUUGUUGAUGUGUCUGCAUCUGCCAGUCCAGGAUUCAAAGUUCCUCCUACAAUUGAUGCUAAACUACCCUUUGACUUUUUCUUUCCAUUUGUAUAAUGGAAUAUUUCUGUAUCUCUUUUGGCAACAACAUGAAAGGAGGGCCACUGUUUCCAUGUUUCUUAAGUUAUAUAUAGUGUAUAUUUAUUGUCUAGUCGUUUUGUAUAUAAUGCACUGAUUCACAUUUUUUCAUACUAGUGGACUGAUGUGGAACAAUAUCGGUACAUGUAUACAGUGUAUGUAUAUGGGCCAUUCUACAGAAUUGGUGCAAAGAGUUGGAAACAUCUUGAAAAAAGGGUCUUUUUUUAAGAAAUUUUGUAUGCAAAUUGUUUAAUAGCCAAAGUAUACAUUUCUAGUAAUUGUGCAGUUAAUUCUCAUAUUGUAUUUUCAGAAAGUUUUGGAAUAAUUGUCCUCUUCCCAAAUUUGUCACUCCCGAAACACGUACAUCUAUCUUGUAAAUAUAUAUAUUUUUAAUAUUUUCAUUCAGGUGUGAUUUAUGAGAUUUGUUGUAUCUUGAAUACAAUUUUUCUUGUAAAAGGCAGAAAGUUGAUCAUACUGAUUUUAAACUUAAGGAUUCAUUAGUUUGAAUAUACAUUAAACCAAACACUGUCAUAUCAUCUUAGUUGAUAAUUCAGUAAACUUUAUUUUUGACAAAACAUCCCAUGUUUCGGAAGUGACUGCACAUUUUCGUUUGUGACAAUAUUGUUUUGAUAACGACCACAUCACAUUACUGAACUUUAACUCACAUACUAAAACACUACUAAAACAUACUAAAAUAUUUAUAAUAGUACUAAAAUUUUAUUCAUUUCCCCCAAAUAAAGGAUUGUGUUCUCUUUUGUCACUACCGAAACAAUGACAUGUUUUGGUUGUGUUUGUGGCGGUAGUGACCAUUUUAGAUACUUUUGAACCUAGCUCAAAGAUGCUAAUCAGCACAUGGUUAGCUCGCACAUUUAUGAACAGUUUUACACACUAAAAAAAAUACAUUUUAUGGAAUAACAUCCCAAAAAAACAUCAAUGAUGUUACUACCUGAACUCCACCAAAUGUUUCAACUGUGACGAUUUUAGAUAUAGCUAGCACAGUUCUGAAUAGUUGUACACAUAUAAAAACUAAAUGUUUGGAAAAAAACACCCAAAAAACUGUGCUUAAUUGCAGAAAAAAAGGGUCUAUGGUAGUGAAGUUCUUUAAAGGUACACACAGAUUUUAAGACUUUUGAACACAUUUACCUCAAAAUGAUGGGGUCUAUCUACUCACUGUGUAUCUAUGAGAGACAAAGAGACAUAAUAUUUCCUGAUCAUAAAUGUAGGGCUGUAAAAUCGGUGGACUAAAACAUGCACUUUUCUGGUAGUGACAUGAAAAUGUGGGAUACAUUUCUGUUUACAUAAAGUUUUAUCAUUUAGAAAGAAAAAAAAUUCUAUAUAUAUAUAUAUAUAUAUAUAUAU